UGGAAAAAGAACCAAGCAGCUCGAAACAUGUCGUGUGAAUAACCCUUACAGCAAAGCUUCUGCGGGAUUUGGAGCCUGUUUAUUUCCACAACUCUUUUACUUAUACAUUGGCUUCAGUGGAACAGACAUCAGGGUCCUGCAACUGCUACAAUCCCCCUUAUUUGGUCUGCACGUUAAGCUCAUAUUUAGGGAACCAGUUUGGUGAUUGGGGCCCUUCCCUGAGCCCCAGGUAUAAAUUCGGCUGCGUUGGACCAUCACCUGGGACUUGUAUCUCUGAUUUCCAACAUGGGCCCCGGCAUUGUCUCCUUAUUUGUGGCACUCAGCCUGUGCCCCCUGCUGCUCGCCGCAGACCCCGACAGGCCAGGAGAUGGGCCACCUGGACUACAUAGGCCACCUUGGGGCAAUAGACCAAAACCUGGAGAAUGCCCUGAAGAUAUGGAUUACCCUAAAUGCAGUGGGGGGAAUAACAAACCCAACAACAAAAAAGAAUGCGACAGGGACAGAGAAUGUGACGGGAAAAAGAAAUGUUGCUUCUCCAGCUGCAGGAACAGGUGCCUGGAACCCCUGCAAGUAAAACCCGGAAACUGCCCCCCACCCCAAGGGUUCUGUCCCCACCAUGGCGGGGGUGGAGGGCGUGGAUUGUGUACCAGUGACCAUGACUGCCUCGGGGAUAAGAAAUGCUGCGCCCCCAGGUGCCGGCUGGAGUGUGUAAGCCCUUAUGUAGUUAAUCCAGGAAAAUGCCCGGAGGUGAUACGCAGACCUGACAGGCAUUGCGGGCGCCCCCCUCCAGUUCAAUGCGAGUCCGAUGACGAUUGCCCCAAGAGGCAGAAAUGCUGUAACUUGGGUUGCUGGAUACAAUGUGUGGAUGUGUGAGAUUAUAAAUGAACCAGCCGGGUGCAUGGAGCAAAUAUGGGGAAAAAGAUCCUGAUAUAAGUUGGGGUGAAGAUCUGAACCCCACCUUGUGUUGGAGAGAAUAAGGGUAAACUGUAGCAGCAGUUUCUGAACAUUCCUCUCCCAGUAGAGGAGGCUUCGCAUGGAAUUCCGAGGGGUACUGACUGAACAGAUUUGGGCUAAUGGUGAAAAGUUUUGCUUGGGGCUCGCUGCUUUUGGGGGGCUCUCUAAAUGUAUCUGUUCUCAAUAAAGGAGAACUCACAAUUGGACAAUGAGUAUUUGGGCAGUUUGGGGGAAACACGGAACAAUCAAAGAAGGAAGCUGAAAUAAAGGCUUGUAUUGACCCUAUUAGAUGCCACUGCUGAGCUGCCAUACACAUUAACCACUACUACAUACACCAUAUGAUUCAUCAUAUGAUAUCAUUGCUUCCAAGCAACAGUGACAAAUAAAAGGCCUGAUUGGAGGAGGAACAUAACCAAUCCAAGAUGGCAGUAGGCUUCCAAGCAUUCCCCAAUUCAGUAGACUUCCCAGAAUCCCUCAAGUCAGGCGGCUUCCCAGCUGUAAGGAAAAUGAGUGAUUGACAGAGCAGAAGAUAGAGAGAAUAGAGCAACACCUUAAAGAU